CACUCUUUUGAUUUACCUACACCACGACACCACCCUUCUUCUUUGAAGCUCCAUUUCUACGGAGCAAAUCACACCCUCCAAUGCACUCUACCAUGUCCGCAUCACACCCCAGCCCCGUCAAAGACGGUAGGCGAGUGCUCGGGGAGAAGCACGCCAACGCGUGCCUGUCACCCGCCCACCAUCGGCACGCUUCUGUCUCGCCCCUCAAACAACAACGCCCUCUCCUUGAGACCUCCUCCUCUCCUAAGAAGCUCCUUCCUUCGCCUCUCUUUGCGGGUCAGAAACGCUCGAUCGACCAGGUGGACAGCACCAGUGAACCCCAGAUCAGCCAUGCCAGCGCGCAGCCCCAGUCGCGGCCAGAAGCAUCUCCGAACGUGCAGCAUGACGUUCAGCAGGACCCUCAGCCACACGCGACGCCAGAGACACCAAUACAGCUUCUAGAAUCACAACAACACCAGCCACAAGAAGAUACCCACUCCGACCAAACAACAACACCGACAACAACAACACCCCUCAUCCCCGAAGAUCCAGCAACGCGCAAGCGCUUCAUCCAAGAGAAAGCAACCCUCCUCCGCACGCGCCUCCAAACUGCCAUGCGUCACAUCCAAGACCCCCAACUCGACCGCCGUCUCUCCGACCUUGAAGCUCACAGUCGCAAAUACCCUCGUCUAUCCCUUCCCCAAGAACAGCGAAUUAACAUCACCACGCCGACUUCCUUUUCCACAGCCUCGUCCUCCCAAAACCAGAACCAGACCACCCCGCGCCCUUACCAACCUACCACACACCUCCCGCUGCACGAAAACGAGACUCAGAACGCGUCUGGCCUCUCCUCCCCACCCCUAUCCACCGGAACGAUCGCAACACAGAAGGAGCAAGAACAAGAUACACAAACACCCACCCAAAGAGCAGAAGAUGAUGAUGAUAAUGACGACGAUCCUAUGAGAACACCCACCCAGAAAUCAACAACUCACCACAAUCAUACCCACCGGAGAACAAAUACUCUCGGCUCCCCAAUGCAGCUGAGUAGUCCUCCGGCGACAGUGUCGAGGUGCAGAAGUACAGAAAUAGGCAAGGAUAUGGACAUAGGAGAAGAAGAGGAGCCGCAGGAAAGACAACGCCGGUUAUCGCAAAAGGGAGAUGCCGUGGAUGGGUUGUUGAAGUUGAUGGGGACGGGGGAGGGUGUUGCUACUGGGACUGGAACUGGGGUCGCGUGAGUGUUGGUAUUUUGGAUUUUGCAUUGAAAUUUGGCUUAUAGAUGGGAUUGGAGUUGGAGUUGGGAUUCGUUGGACAAAAUCGGAUUUGGAGUGGAGUUCUGUUUACUCGUGUCACAGUUGGUUUGGAGAAGCAUGUAUUAGUAUGGGGUGGUGCAUGUAUGCGCCGGUGAAAGACAUACACAUAGAUAGACAGACAGACAGACGUUACAUAUGUGACUUAUACUCCGGACCCAUCGCAUCAGCAAUGGUUCUCGAGGAAAGUCAAUGAUAU